UUGACAUAAUAAAGUGGAAAUCCAAUAUAACAUUUAUAUUUAUAUCAGCAAGUAAUCUAUAAAAUGGCGGACCAGGAAAAUGAUUUUGUUAAGGAAAAAAUGUUGUGUAAUAUGGAGAAAACGAACGUCGAAAAAAUGUCUUGGAAAUCGAAUGCGGAAAAGAAGACUUCAAAACAGACAACAAAAUAUUUGGUUGUCAUCCUAAUAUUGCUGAAUAUUGGGCUGAUGAUGUCAUUGAUAAUCCUUGUUGUGAAAUGGCGAGUAACUAGACAGAUUGCACUUGAACCACGUGAACAAACGAUGUGUCUUGCGUGUAAGGAAUUGGGUCUGCUCAGUGAAGAACUACCAGAGGAAGUGAAAGGGAAAAUAUCGAGAACACAAAGGGAACAGUCAGAGGAAUGGGUUUGCUGCGGAUACACAAGCAGCAUUCUGGACUGGAUGGUGUCUGAGGCAAUAGAAAGUAAAGACACAGGAGUUAAGUCAAGUUUAUAUCCCUUAGUAUCGAAAGAAUGCAAACAUACAACAAAAGUUCUUCCUUCUGCUCAAAUGAAUGGAAUAUCCAUGUUUGAAAUGGAGAAUGAAGGUGUAGGAGAUAUAAUUCGCUGGCAAACAUCCGAGUCAUUUCUGAAAGGUGGUAUCACCUACAAGGAUGGAAAACUGACAAUAAAGGAGCCAGGCUACUAUUAUGUAUUUUCACAAAUUAUGUUUAGAAAUGUUCAGAAAACCACGCCAACUGUGGUCACAUACGAAGAAAACCCUACACGUCUAGACCACUACAUGCACCACUAUUCCAGGAAGGAUGGAACUACGCGAAAGAUCCUCGAAGCCUCAAAGUCACUGUGUGAAAUGCCCUCUGCAAAUGAUAAAACCACAAGUACUAUAGGAGCUGUGUUUUACUUGGAGGAACACGACGAGAUAUUUGUGAACACUUCGUACCCAAAAAGCCUGGUACCAAGCCAGGAGGGGAAUCAUUUCGGGUUGUAUCUGACCUAAAUGCAACAAAAGAAUAAUGCAUCAAGAUAUGAAAGAAAUAUAUAAAUCUGUAAUUUCUUUGUAUGCGUGAUGUCAAGUAUUUUUAGAAAUAUGGUUUGUGUUUUUUUAUGUGGAAGAAACCUUAAAGGCCUAGAUCCUCUAUUAUAUAAGUGUCCCCCCCCACCCGCAAUCCAAUAUACAACUCCCAUUUUAUCUGCUGAUUAUCAGCAAUUAUGUAAUAGUAACUGAUUAGAGGGCAAUUAGCACAGCAAGGGUCCCAACUAGACCAAGAAGAUGUGUGCAGUGGAGUUGAAAGAAAUUAAUUUUCCUUCAGUGAAUGUGGAAUAAUGAUAAUUAUUAUUAUUUUGAUAUUAUAUAGAUAAUAAUUUUUAUUAUUUUAAUGUUAUAUUGAUGAUAAUAAUAGUAAUAAUAAUAAUAAUUAUUACUAUUAAUAAUAAUAAUAAUAAUAAUUAUUAUUAUUAUUAUUAUCUAAUAUUACAUAUUAAAUAAUAAAACAUACAGUAAUAACAUUGAAAUUAAUAAUGAUAAUAAAACACGGUUUAGUGAAAACUCAGUUCUUUGUGUUGACAAACAAUAUUUUCCAAUAUCAUAAAAUGGUCAUAAGGAUAAAAGUGAUCCUUCCAUUAUAUUUAUAUAGAAUACUUAUAAAAAGAAUGGGAAAAUGAUUUUCUCGUAUUCAUGCAAUCACCAUUAUUUGAAUAUAAUACUACUGGGUAUAUUGUGUUCCAUCUACUCUGAAUAUUCAAUUUCAGUAAGUUGCAAAAAGUAUACUUUUUUUUAUGCAUUACUUUGUAACACGGAAAUGCACAUUUGGUUUUCAAGUUUAGACAAAUGUUAUUAACAGUAUUCUGCAAGCUUUAGAUGAGUGAAAGUCAUAUUUUUCUGAAAUAUCACAAUUCUCCAGACACAAUUUGAAAAAAUAAAAACGUAGUACUACUUAUUUCCUAAAGAGUUAUUUCCUAUUAAAGUAAGUUUCUCGUUAUUUUAUUAUUGUAUAAAUAAGUUUCUUAUUAUUUUAUUAUUGUGUUUGAUCAACAUAAGAAAUGCAAAAAAAAAAGAGUAUAACUUGAAAAGUUAACAAUAUUUAUUGAAUAAAUUACACUAUUUCCCCUUCUCACUAACUGAUACACUUGUAAGAUAGACUGACUCUCCAAAAAAACAAUGACCCUUGUUUAUUGGAACCAUACUGUGAUAGUCAUUAGCCCCCAACUGUGCUGGUGAAGACAGAAAUCCCUUGGCCCACUGUCAAGAUCUAGGCCUGAACAACAUUGAAAUCUGUUUUACUUAAACUGACAUAAAGAAAUACCGAGAAGGGGUGUGGAGCGGCAGGCAAAAUACUUUUUUAUCGUAAAAGGAUACCUUUAUAUUGUUUUUGUUUUGAUAAUCAUUUUAACAUAUUUCUGCCAUUAAAAUAUCUACAAAUACUA